AACGCGGCGUGCGGCUCUGGUGUCGCGUCCGGGAAUAGUCGACCAGUCACACACGCUGCGAGACGAGACCGGAAUACACUGGUUCGACUGGAUAUUAACGCAGACUUUAACUACUACACUUCCCUAUCAGAACUCGCACACCGGGUUGAGGUCAUGAGGGCUGGGGAGGAGAGAGCCACAGGCAUCACCAAGAGCCAACCGGAGAAAAGAGUCCAGCCAAGGGACCAAUCGGAAAAGAAAACUCUGAGCAUUGACAACCAACCACAGAGCAUCAAGAACACCAAGUCGGCCAUCAAUGACCUCUUUAAGGAAAUGCAGGACCGGGUGUCCCAGGGGAAGGGGAACACGGGCAGGGUCAUAGACUUCAGGAAGUUCCUGAAACGGCCCGACAGACCUCCUCCCCCCCCCCCUGCUGCGCCUCGUCGCAAGGCGUCCCCGCCCCCGCCCCGGCUGGUGAAGAGGAAGGUGGAGGUGGACCUGCUGAAGCUCUGCUGGGGGGAGUCGUGGAAGACCCUCAAGCCGACCAAGAGGGGGCGCUGUCACCAAACCUCCUCGCUGAGGAGCACCAUCAGCCCGGGCAGGAGGUCCCGGGCAGGAGCCGCCAGGGGCGGGGAGGAGGAGGCCAGCCCGGGAUGGACAGACUCCUGGAAACUGGUGAAGCCCAGCCCAGCGCCUCCCGGCCCCACCGGCGUGGGGGAGGGCCAGGCGUGGGAGGUGGUGACAGAGAGCCGGUCCCUGGGCAGGUAUCAGCCGCGGGUGGGGGGCUACUGCCUCCCCGUGUGGGCCACGACCUGGAAGACCAUGAUCUUUGUGUUCAGGCAGCAGAAGCCAUGGUGGGACAGGGAGUGGCCCAGCCGGCCCCCCCCUGAACCACAGGACAAGACCCCCCAGCUGCUGGCCUUGGAGACACAGUGUGAGCGUCCCGACUGGCAGCAGGCCUGGAGAAUGUCUGUAACUGCUCCGCCGGCCGACACAGAACCCCCAGCUGGGACAACCAAGAUGGCCGACGUCUUUCUCCCAGGUUGGAACUCUGCCUGGCGACUGGCAGGAGCUCACCCUACUUCAGACGAGGGUGCAGAGCCAAGGAACUGGAACGACCUGUCCUGGAAGCUCCGCCCACAGAGCAGAUGGUGUAUGCCAUCACUAACUUCCCAGCAUCACCAUGCCAACGCUUUAGAGAAGAGCCGAUUGGCUGCCAGCUUCCUUCUGACUCAGUCCCUCAAGACAGAGGGGGAGGACGAGGAAGAGGGCGAGGAAGAGGAGAUGGAAGAGGAGACAGAAGAGGAGACAGAAGAGGAGGAGACAGAAGAGGAGGAGGAGACUGAAGAGGAGGAGGAGGAGGAGACUGAAGAGGAGGAGGAGAGGCAGGAGGGCUCCAUGAAGGUUCUUCGUCUGCGGUUCCGUGAGUUUGGUGCGGCGUGGAGGAGCAGUUCCUGGCGGGCGUUCCACCGCCCGGAGGAGAAGGAGGAGGUGGACUCCGGCUGGAGGAGCGCCUGGAGGCUCCACAGGGAGGUGCAGGCUAACAGCGUGCAGGAGGAAGUGCUGCUCCUCAGGGGGCGGGGCCUCUGGGCCGAUGAUGGCCUUCCAGACCUCAAAGAGUGGAAGAAGAGCUGGAGAUACGCAGCAAAGGAGGAGGAAGAGGAGGAGGAGGGAGACGAGAAGGUCGAGGAGGAAAAUAAAAUAGAAGAAGUGAAGCCAUGGUGGAGGAGCUCAAGAUACGCAGAAGAAAAGCAGGUACAGGAGGAGGAAGAGGAGGAGGAGGAAGAAACAGAGCAGGAGGAGGAGGAAGACGAGAAGGUGGAGGAGGAGGAAAAUAAAAUAGAAGAAGUGAAGCCAUGGUGGAGGAGCUCGAGAUACACAGAAGAGAAGCAGGUAAAGGAGGAGGAAGAGGAGGAGGAGGAAGAAACAGAGCAGGAGGAGGAGGAAGACGAGAAGGUGGAGGAGGAGGAAAAUAAAAUAGAAGAAGUGAAGCCAUGGUGGAGGAGCUCGAGGUAUGCAGGAGAGAAGGAGCAGUUGAAGGAAAAGGAGGAGGAGAAAGAAGAAGAGGACGAGGAGGUGGAAGAGGAGAAGGUGGAGGAAGUGAAAGAGUGGAGGAGGAACUGGAGACAGGCGAGAGAGAAGGAUGAGGAAACUGUGGAGGAGGAGAAGGAGGAGGAGACAGAAAAGGAGGAAGAGGAGAAGGAUGAGGAGACAGACCAGGAGGAGGAGGAAGAGGUGGAAGAGGAGGAGGAGGCAAAUGAAAUAGAAGAAGUGAAGCCAUGGUGGAGGAGCUCGAGAUAUGCAGGAGAAAAAGAGGAAGAGGAGACAGAGAAAGAGGAGAAGGAGGAGGAAGAGACAGAGCAGGAUGAGGAGGAAGAGGAGGAGGAGGAUGGGGAAGAGGAGAAGGUGGAGGAGGUGAAAGAUUGUAGGAGGAAUUGGAGAAAGGCAGGAGAGAAGGAUAAGGAGAUUGAGGAGCAGGGGCAGGAGGAGGAGACAGAGAAGGAGGAGGAGGAAGAUAAAGAGGUGGGGGAGGAAGAUAAACUAGAAGAAGUGGUGCCGUGGUGGAGGAGCUCGAGAUACCAAAGAGAGAAGGAGGAGGUGAAGGAAAAGGAGGAGGAGAAAGAAGAGGAGGAGGUGGAACUGGAGGAUGAGAAAGAAAGGGAGGAUGGGGAAGAGGAGGUGAAGGAGAGGGAGGAAAAUGAUGAAGAGGGAGCAACAGAGGAGAAGGGGAAGGGGGAGGAUCAAUUAGAGGAGAAGAUGAAGGAUUGGAGGAGGAGCUGGAGAUCCCAA